UGUGCAUCAUGCGCUGCAGAGGGAGGAGAGAAGUUGUGUGAGCAAGUGAGGGUGCAGCCUGGCCCCGCGGGGAAGAAAGGCUGGUGGCCCGGGGCCCUGGGAGACGUGGCAGUGCCUCGAAGGGGUGGGGACAAGCCAUUGGGCCCACCAUUAGCACCAUGCUCCUGGGGAUCCUCGCCGUGCUCUGCUUCAUCCCCACUGCUGAUGUAACAGAAAACAAGAUUUUAGUGGCUCAACAUCCUUUGCUCAUCGUAGCUAACAAAACUGCAACUCUAGUCUGCAACUACACAUACAAUGGAACAGGGAAGGAAUUUCGAGCUUCGCUGCACAAAGGAACAGACAGUGCAGUUGAAGUUUGCUUUGUUUCAUGGAACACAACCAAAAUUAGCCGUAAUUCAAAUAAAGAAUUCAACUGUGAGGGGAUUCAUGACAAAAACAAAGUCAUCUUCAAUCUUUGGAAUAUGAGUGCCAGCCAAACUGAUAUCUACUUCUGCAAAAUCGAGGCCAUGUAUCCACCCCCAUAUGUCUACAAUGAGAAGAGCAAUGGGACCGUCAUUCAUGUGAAAGAGACACCCAUCCAAAUGCAAGAGCCUCAGCCUGCAAUUCCAUUGUGGAUUAUGGUGGCAGUGAUUGGAGUUCUUACUUUCUACAGCAUGCUAAUAACCGCAGUUUUUAUUAUCUAUUGGCAAAAAUCCAAAAAGAAUGUGUACCAUCAGAGUGACUACAUGAACAUGACUCCCCGGCAUCCACCACACCAGAAGAACAAGGGUUACCCAUCCUAUGCACCAACACGGGACUACACCGCGUAUCGGUCCUGGCAGCCGUGAUACCUACCAGCUGAUCUACCAGGAGUCUCGUGUGCUUCUAGGCAGUUACUUGUUCUCGGACAUGGAAGGACAGCCUCUCAUUUUCUCAUCAUGUUUGUCAUUAUUGGUCAUGGAUACCUACACCAUAGCAAGUAUUGGCUAAAGUUUGAUAUAAUGUACUAAAAAAAAGAAAAACCAACCAACCAACCAACCAAGCAUAAAAAGGGAGAGAAUAAAAAAGGAUUGUUCUUGAUAACAGCUGAAAAUGAGAUACAACUUAUGUUGAGGGUUGUCAGUGGGUAGGACAGAAAGAUGGCAUCAUACCUUAGAGCUGGUCUCCUAACACUUGUGGUGUUGCUCAGCUGUUGGGGGAACCAGAACCUCUGACCUUUCCCAAUAACUGCUGCCUUAUGUUUAUCCCUUAAUAUCGUCUCCUGUAUGUCUAAUCCCCAGAAACCCCUGUUCUUUUUAAGUAUGGCAAGAUGUAAAAAAAGUCAUCUUUUCUCCCCUACAAAUCCAGGGCACAAUUUGAAGUUCAAAACGUGCUUGAAAGAAAGAGGGAAAAGUCAGCCAGAAGGCAGCCAAGCUACUAGGUUGUGGCACAAACGGGCCACCAGGAGAAACCAAGCUGAUAGAAAACUACUAAACGUUCAACUUAUGUUGGAUGCUUUGUAAAUGUUUGUAAGGCCAUUUGAAGUCAUGACCAAGCAACUCUACAGAACGGCUAAGUAAUCAACCUGAAGACAAAAUCAAUACAAGCAGGAAAGGAAGAAAUAUCUGUUGCUGUCAUGAAGAACUCCAUUUGUUCGCCUGCUGCAGUGAGGGAACAAAGUCAUAUGGGAAGCAUUAGAAGACGCAAAGGUCAGAUUUUGAAGACAGCUUUAUUAUCAUUUCUGAAUUUUUGUUUCUAUCCAAAAGGCAUUCUGCUGAGUUCUUCCGAAAACUCAAGCACAGCUUCUGGCAUCUAGGUUGUACCAGAUCUGUUUCAAAAAUCUGGGUCCAGUUAUGAGCAACUGAAGAUCACUUGAUUUUUUUCUCUUAAGUACCCAGUUUUUGGGAUAUGAGAGGGUCCUUCAUUCCCACCUUUGUGAAUUGGAUCUGCAAGUGCUUAGCUGCCCAAAAGGACUACUCUGGGCACUUUGAGGAUCUUUGGGUUGGCUGGAGGUUACCUUUCUAUCUAAAGAUGUUCUUCAGGAACGCUUCAUGCUGGAGUAGUCAAAGUCUUCAGCGAAACCUGCUUCACUCCUUCACUUAAGCAUGUUUACAUUUACAAGACAUCCUAAACUGUAAUUGGGGUCGUCUUAGCAUAAAAUCUCUUUUCAUACUGAGGAGAUGAGGUUUAUUUUAUAGGGACUACUGAAUAAACAAUUAAAGGAAAAAUAAAUACAU